AUGACAUAUUCAAUUAACUUCUACUGAAGAAGUUGCCUCUCUUACUCUGACUCUUGAAAUGCGCCCUAGAAGAUAACUGCAACUAUGCAAGCCCUCCGACCGACCCUCCGUCUCCUUCAAGCCUCGGUUGUCCGCCGACCUUGCCUGCGGACUCCCGUAGCUCCCGCAUCGCGAUUCUUCUCCCACACCUCACAAGUUCGCCUGCUCGCAAGUCCAUUGAACAUUCCCAAAUGGCUAUCCGAGAACUCCCACAUGCUACAACCCCCCAUUAACAACUACUGCGUCUACAACGACGACGUGACAGUAAUGAUCGUCGGCGGCCCCAAUGAGCGCACGGAUUACCACAUCAACGAGACCGCAGAAUGGUUCUAUCAAUACAAAGGAGCUAUGCUACUGAAAAUUGUUGACGAUGGGCAAUUCCGCGACAUCCAUAUCAAUGAGGGCGACAUGUUCUUGCUACCUCCGAAUACCCCACAUAAUCCAAUCAGGUUUGCGAAUACGGUGGGAAUCGUACUGGAGCAGCAUAGACCCGAGGGCAGCAUGGAUCGGCUCAGAUGGUAUUGCCAGAAGUGUGGGGAGAAGGUGCAUGAGGCGGCCUUCCAUUGCACGGAUUUGGGAACGCAGAUUAAGGAUGCGGUGAAUAAGUUUAAGGCGGAUAAGGAGGCGAGGAUGUGUAAGAAUUGUGGCACGAUAUGUGACACUGCGCCGAGACCGAAGUGAUGGCCGAAGCCGAAUAUGGAGGUGUGCAGGAGCUGUAUAUUUUGUAAUAUAUAUGUCGUUAUGGCAACGACACAGGCUACAAGCCUUUCC